AAACCACGGCUCGGACAGCGGCUGCAAGUACACCGUGACGACCCGUUGCCUACCCGAAGCAUCGACGAUAACCACCUACACUAUCAUAUCCACACCACCAAGGACACCGACAACAGGCCCAGCAACGUCCCCACAAGAUCCACAAUUGUCACCACCAACACCACCACCGACCAGCAGCAUUAAUUUGCCGAUCACUUCUGAUACACCGAACCGAACAACCUCCGAAGAACGUGCACCAGCGGCAGCAGCUCCGAACUCUUCGGGCGAAUCACCACCACCACCACCAUCACGCAUCAGCCCCCAACAGGCGGAAGACAAUAAUAAGUUGGACUGCAGUGAGCGCUUCGAGCGGCGUAGAAACUCCUUUUUCGAAAGCAUUCGAGCAGUAGUGGUACGUGGCACCAGUAGCAGACACCAACAACAGGCAACGAGCCAACUCGACACGGAAGAAGGCAGCGACGAGCUGCAAUCACUGCGUGCGCCAGCAGCAACAACAGCUUCGCACCAUCACCAACGGUCCAACGUGGAUUUUGGACCCACCGACAGGACGACAGCAACGACGGCCGCCAAUAUUACUUCCACCGCAAACAUCGCCUCCACCACCACUACCAUCACGUCGGCGAACAGUUACUCCCGGAAUAAGUCAACCACACGCAGCUGGCCCGUGAUACAUCGUAACAAUUCCUACUACCGCUACCAAACAUCCAGUGGCAGUGGCGGCGGAAGCGGCGGUGGUGGUGGUGGUGGUGGUGGUGGCGAAAGUGGGACUCAACAGUCCUCCUCCGCUCACCGGCGACAACCAUCAUCGCAUCAGCACGGCUAUCUACAGUACGACUACGAUGCACCCCUGCUGCAGUACGGUGGCGGUGGAGGCGGCGUAAACUACUACCCGCCCAAUGAUACGAACAACAACACGCUGGGCAACGAUUACCAUCUGCUAGCGAGCGGUCACCACUACCCACCACCGCCGGACAAGUCUCCCAGCAUUGACAGCUGCUACUACUAUCAGCACUACAGCACCAGCAUGCAGCCAUCGGCGACGACCACCACCAUCAUGGCCACGACCAGCACGGGUCCGGGCGGCACGACGACGACGACGGCCGGUUCCGGAGCUGCCGCACCGAAUCAUCAACAGACACCGUCCGGCAAUGGGACGUGCUGCUCGAUACCGCCACCGAUCAUGUUCCUCUUCCUGACGCUGCUCAUGACGUCCAGUGCGACCGCGAUGCUGUGCGCCGCCAUCAUGACCGAUCACUGGGAGCACGUGUCCUGGGACCGCAACAGCCUCGAUCGCAUCAGCAACGAAACCGCCAUCGAGCUGCACUGGUACCUGGACGGUCGGGCGGCAAAGAUUCCGCUCAAGGGCAAAGGUUUACCGAAACAACAACAUCCUCAUCAUCAUCAGCAGCAGCAGCAGGUUGGACAAAAGAGCGGUGGUGCAGCGACGAGCCCGGUGGUGACGGAUAAUCGGGCCGGCGUUUUUCUCGUACCGAUGAACGGUGGCAUCUGGACGCUCUGUAUCGAUCUGACGGCGGAGGAGAUCCGGGAGAUGUCGAACGAUGGCUUUCCGCAGGUCGAUCAGUGCGUCAACUAUCUGGCCGGCACGAUGGAGAGCGCACAGGGCAACGAUGAGGAUGCGAGGGCCGAUUGGCAACACAGUGAGUCCCAGGCGUCCUUACAUCCGCAUUUAAGAAUGCAGAAUCUAUCGAUUUCCUGUUCGCUCGUGUGCCUCAUCAUACUCGGCAGCGCUGCCCUGGUGGGUGCUUUCGGUGUGUGCCAGCGCCAAAUCAGUGCCGUACUGGUGACUGGCGUAAUGUACCUGCUGGCUGCGCUCUUCGCCCUAUUCACUCUGAUGAUAAUACACUUCAAGCGGCAACAGGGCCGGCCCCUGCUCGAUAGCGACUUCGACGGCACGAUCGACGGUGUGGUCGCCAUCAAGGGGACGGCACGGGCCGCAUCGAAAUUCCUGGGCGCUCGCAUCUUCGUCACCGCCUGGAGCCUGGAGCUGGGCUGGGGCGGUGUCGUACUGUGCGUCUUCACCUCCUUCCUCUGGAUUCUGCUGUCGAAAAUCAUGCGCUUCAAUCCGCUGUCGGCAAUGAUUUGAUGAUUCAAAUUUAAGUUCAACAAGGUCGCCGUUUACAGUGUAACCUAGUAGUAGCAGGACCCUGCAACACGCUCAAUGUGCGACCGACCGACCGACCGCCGAUCUCGACCUCCCCCCUCCACGGUGCGGGACUCCAGCCAGCCAGCGCACCGAUCCGGUGAUGAUUUCUAUUGAUCGAACUCAAAUCGAGCUGUUCAAUGUAGAAUAGCUAUUAUCAACAUGUGGGGGGAAAUGAUUUCCCACGGUGUUUCCCCUCACCACCCCCCACCAGCCUCAGGUUCGGUGGGGUGCAUUUCUUUGUGAUAACAAACUAUUCCAAUCAUCGCACAAUUCUCUCCACAAUGCUUCAGCUUCGUCUUCAAACGGCGGUGUGUUGAACGCACUAUUAUAGGAUAACUUUAGGAAAUGUUUCCGAUGUUUUCAAACGACAACAAUAUAUCAUUGUAGUUUACACGCUUAUACACUUUUUACGCGCCUUUUUACAUUUUUCAUACCCUCCCUCACACUAAUAUGCCUUUUACAAGCUACUCACACUCGUUUUGCGUGAUGCGUUAGAAAAGUUGUUAGAAAAGCUUCGGGAUUUUCUUUAAGCCAAGCUUAAUCAUUGUUCUAAGAAGAGACGUUUCUUUAACGUCAAACGUAGUUUUAGGCUCUCCGCUUGCGAUAUACCUUUACGGAAAACGGUUAGGCGGUUAAAAUUCGUUCGUUCAAAGCAACUCUUACAUGUAGACGUAAUACUAUUAAAUAAUUCCGUACCACCUAUUGCGCUAAUUUCUAUAAAAAGAAGAAAAGAAAUUGAAUCCAGUAUUGAAAGAGGGAAACAAGUAGAGAUAGUGAAGCGAAUUGAAUGGUAGAGUGGUGGAGCAGGAUCGAACGAUAUCGUACAAUUUCAAACACGUUAAGAGAAAAUCAAACAGAUGGUGGUGGCAUCUGAGGCUAUGGGAGAAAAAGAACCAAUUCAAAUGUAAGAAAUGCACCACUACUACUCAAAAACUGCUUCACGGAUCGUUAUUGUCGUCGUGGUGAUCGGUAGUGAUCUUGAGCUACGAUCCAUCGCUGAGGAAAUGGUAACAAACGGAAAGAAAGCUCUAUAGAGCUUUCAUCCUUUGAAUGUACAGGAAGUAAUGUGUUAACGAAACUCAUCUCUCUAAUCAAAUAUCUUAGUGCAAUGCUUUCAUUGCCUGCCAGCAGCAGCAUUAUACUAGAACAGGAAGGACGCGAUUUACAGUUUUGGUUGUCUUUCUCUUGCUCACAUGCCGCAGUUGGUAAGAAAAUUGCUUACACUCGACCCGCAGGCUCAUGUGUAGGAGCAGCUGUUUCUUGCUAACGAUAUUGUGGUUCGACGUCUAAUUCCUCCGACCCGGAAAACACAAGAGCGUGGGGAUGCGCGUUCAAUUCGGUGCAAACACUCCGAGCUUAAAAACAGGCAUUAGGUUCACAACAAGUUUUAAACGCAACUAUACCACAAACAAAACACAUACAUAUAUAAAAUCAGAAACCAGCGACCAGGACCCGGACCGGUUCCCCGGUAUACAGAGCAUGCGAGCAUGGGAACGGCCCUAUCCACCAGGGGUAGAACAACGGAAAUACAAUUAUCGAUAUAGUUUAUGUAAAAGCUUUGCCUUAUAAAACGUAAGUGGAAACAAACAAAAAAAAACCGUGGUGCGAAACCAAAAGAUUCUCUAUAUAUA